AUGCUCGACGUAGGCGACUUUCGCAAUGCCUUUUCGGGCCGGAGACGAUUGUUGUGGACGGACGGGACCCUCACGGAGUUUGUGCACAGUAUAUUUCGGCCGGAAUCUAUCUUGACCAAUGAAGGGAUUAAGUUAGAUGCCCUGUUCACUGCCCGAAAUCUCGAUCGAAUCGCUGGCUUCAAAGUGGAGUUGACGACGAAUUUGGCGGACCAUCUGUCUUUCAGAGACUCGGACAGCACAGUCAUGGUCUUCCAUCAUGCUUCUUUCCUCAAGCGCCAACAGGGUAACCCGAUAUUUCCAGCCGAGCUCAUCACCGAAACCCUUCACACACUUAGCGUCCUCUUCCCUCGUGGCGAUAGAGACGCAAAAAGGUGGUACAAUAAGCAAGAAGAUCCAGAAGAACUGGAUCUGGGGCUGUUCGAAUGCGGCUUACCACACCGACGAAUUGAGGGGUAUAAAUAUUGGCACGAUCGACUGGUUAUAUUGAAACAGGCAUUUGACGAGUCGCGGCCCGCCACUUUCUCUCAAUGGUGGAAUGACAGACGCGAGGGUGUUCAAUGGUACUCUCUUUGGAUUGCUAUUGCCUUCACAGUUUUCUUUGGACUUGUGCAAAGUAUCAAAGGAGCGUUGCAGGUGUACAACGGUUGGCAUCCUACACCAAUCUCAUGA